AUGAGCUCCUACGUUGACAGCUGCAAGGUACACCAAGCAGCAGAGACAAGUUCUCCGAUGUUUGAUUUCGGCGUGGCGGGGCGAGGGUCCAGCCUGCGCCACGGCGGCGUCAGUGUCAGCGCCGUGUUUACGCAUCCGGUCCCCGCAGGCUCCGUUGGACAGGACGACAUGCAAAGGAGCCUGAGAGGCAGCCCGGAGCCCCGUCUUCCACCGGGACCUCACAUAGGCUCCAACCCGGCGGGAGCGCUCCACCGCGCGGGUGGGACCGGACCGCUCACGGACAGAGCCCCGGAGAGGAGCGACAACCGGAGCCAGAAAGGCAACAGAAGUGCGGAAAACGCGCCGAGCGCGUCCCGGAACGCAAACGGCAGCCAGCAGCACCGUGAACACGGACCGCAGAUCUAUCCGUGGAUGACCAAACUGCACAUGAGCCACGAAUCGGAGGGCAAGCGUUCCCGGACCAGUUACACCCGCUACCAGACUCUGGAGCUGGAGAAGGAGUUCCACUUCAACCGCUACCUGAGCCGCCGCAGGCGCAUCGAGAUCGCCCACACUCUGUGCUUGAACGAGAGGCAGAUCAAAAUCUGGUUCCAGAACAGAAGAAUGAAAUGGAAGAAGGACAGUAAAAUGAAAGUGAAGGACUAGACGUGCGUGGAAGAGGAGCAGCGUGACCUCUGGAUGAACUGCGAUGAACAGCAAUGACAUCACGACACGGUGACACCGCCCCUGGCUCUUCAUCACCAAUUAUGUGUCACUCUUUGCAGUGGUGGGGUACC